GAAGAAUUUAGCAACAAUGGCAAAGGCCCUUGUUCUUUUUCAGCUUUCAGUUUUAUUUCUUAGCUCAUUCACAGUUCUUAGCCACGGUGAUCACUGGUACUCAUUAGACAAAAAUGUUGACCACCUUCCACCAGCCCAAGCCCCUAAGCCUCACAAGGGCCACCACCACCCCCCCAAAAAUUCCCCAGCCCCUUCCCCAAUAGAUACUCCAACUCCACCACCAGCUAAGUCUCCUUCUCCCCCACCAGCUAAGCCCCCAACUCCACCACCAGCUAAGCCUCCAUCCCCACCACCAUCAAAGCCACCAACUAAGCCACCAGCUAAGUCCCCUUCUCCACCACCAGCAAAGCCACCAACUAAACCACCAACACCGUCACCUUAUUAUCCUUCAAGGAAACCUGUCAUUGUAAGAGGCCUUGUUUACUGCAAGCCUUGCAAGUAUAGAGGGAUUGAAACUCUUUACCGAGCUAAACCACUUGAGGGAGCCGUGGUGAAGCUAGUGUGCAAAAACUCCAAAAAGACACUAGUUGAACAGGGAAAGACAGACAAGAAUGGAUACUUCUGGAUCAUGCCAAAACUCUUGACCUCAGGAGCCUACCAUAAGUGCAAGGUGUUCUUGGUCUCAUCAAACAACUCUUACUGUAAUGUCCCAACAAAUUUCAAUGGUGGAAAAUCUGGUGCUUUGUUGAAAUACACACCACUUCCCAAGCCAACACCUCCAGCUAUCACCAAAUUUGAUGUCUUCACCGUUGGGCCAUUUGGAUUUGAGCCCUCAAAGAAGGUGCCUUGCAAGAAGUAAUAAAUUAACUUGGCAAAUUAGAAUUUAAGACUAUGGGAUAAAAGUGGAAGAAAGUUAACUAAGUGUUGGAGAAAGAAAAAUUUGUAGUACCACCGUCGCUUGUGUCCUUGUUAUUCCAUUAAUAAAUGAUGAGAUCGAGUACUCUAAAUGAUGAAGAGGAAAUUAAAGAAUGUACUAGUUUAUUUUCUUGUUUUUUUUUUUUCAAUUUCUUUCUGUCUGUUUAAAGUCCAAACAAGUCAAAAGGAUUUAUAAAGUUUCUCUUCUAUGUU